AUGCGAAGAUUUGAUUGUGAAUCUUUUUUGUUGCAAGGGAUUGGGUUUGGAUUGGAUCGAAUCAGUGAUGAUUACAAAAUUGUUCGACUAUCAUAUGUCAAAGACCAUUCAUUUGUUUAUGCGGUGAAGAGUGGCACUUGGUGUGAGAUUGCUUCUGCUAAACAUGAAAAUCAGAUUCAUAGCGUCCAUUAUGAUGCCUUGUUUUUCAAUGGAGUGUUGCAUUGGGUGAUAGAUGUUUAUGAUACAGAACCAAAAGACGUAUGCAUUUGUUGUAUAUUAACAUUCGAUUUGAGCACUCAUGUUUUUGGUAUGAUUACAUUGCCUACAUCCAAUCGGUAUUGGUCGACAGCUGGACUAAGAACCAUCCAAGGUUCAUUAGCUUUGAUUUCUUAUAGUCAUGAAUUUAACGAAUGUAGGGCGCCUCUGAUUUAA